GUGGUUGCUCUGAACAAACGCAGCAAAGAGGCAGAGUCGGCGUUCCUGGGAAUCUACAAACAGCUGAUCGAGGCCCCGGAUCCAGCUCCGGUGCUGGAGGCCUCACACACCCUGGAGGAAAGGCUGCAGCACCUGCACAGCGAGGCCCCCAACAGCGAGGCCCUGGUGAGAGAGAUCAGCGGGCACUGGAAGAGACACCUGGAGUGCCUUCAACAGACAGAGUCCUCAGAGUCAUCAGGGACCCUCGAGGCCCCAGGAUCCUCUCCUGCCUCCCUGAUGACGCCCAACAGCACGCCGGGCCCCGGGGCCUCCGAGUCCCCGCAGCAGAACCACCAGGACCGAGGGGACGAAGAGGAGAGCGCUAACGUUGGAUUGUCUGACCGACUAUCAGAGGCCAAGGAGAAGAUCAAAGUCCUGCAUUCAUCUCUGAACGCUGCACAGACAGAGCUGCUGGACCUGCGGUGUAAAUACAACCAGGAGAGGACCAACAAGGCGGAGGAGGUGGACGCCAUCGUGCUGAACCUGGAGAAAGCCAACCAGAGAGCAGAGAAGGCCCAGAGGGAGGUGGAGAGGCUAAAGGAGCAGAUAUCCUCGGCGGGGAGGGGUCGUCCAGCAGAGGGCAGCAGCAGGGGUGAUCAGGGUGACUCUCCCUCCCAGCUGGAGGCCUCUCUGCUGGUCAAAGACCGAGAGAUGCUGCGUCUGCUGGAGAACAUCCAGCGGCUGCAGUUCACUCUGCAGGAGGUGCAGGAGAGCUCGGCCAAUCAGAUGCUAGAGCUGGAGCGCCAGCUGGCCUAUAAGACGGAAGCUAUCGAGAGAUUAGAAGCUAAACUGCAAUCCCAGAUGGAUUAUGAAGAGAUUAAAACUGAACUCAGCAUCCUCAAGGUGAUGACGCUGGCUUCAGCGAACGGCAGCUCGUCCCAG